AUGGAGCAGAAUGAAAAUUUAACUUUGACUUUCUACACUCCUGAGGUUCCCAAAAUAAAAGGGAACCGACAAUACCAAAGGCCUACCCUCCCCACCAACGAAGAUUCGAGUGCCUCGAUGCCACCCCAGAGGCGGCAGCAGUAUAUGGAUCAGACACAAACCUACAUCCGAAUGCUCUGUGCCAGCCUUUGUGGUUUUAGCUUCCUAAUGCUGAUCUGCACAUCCCCACUGAAUUGGGUGCAGUUCCUGGUGAUCAACAAUGGCCUUGAGCUCUACGCAGGACUCUGGACCGUAUGCAACCAUGAGCUGUGCUGGAGCCACACACCCAAGCCACCUUAUUAUCUCCUCUUUUCCAGGGCCUUCUUCCUUGUCUCUCUCAUCACCAUUCUCAUUGGCAUUGGCUGGCUCUUCAGCUCUUGCCUCCCUGGAAGAGGAAGCAUAACCAAACUGGAUCUGAAGGUAUCCAUGCUCAGCUUCAUCUCAGCCACCUGCUUGAUCCUCUGCCUCAGCCUGUUUGUGGCACAGGUUCAUUGGCAAACUAGGGAUGUCAUGGAGUCAGAUCUUCUAUGGACCUAUCAUGUUAACUUGUGGAGUGACUUCUUAUACAUGUUUGCUGCGAUCAUCUCUUUUCUCAACUACUUAACUUCCAGAGCUCUUCCCCUUGAUCAAAAUGUCACUGUGGAUCCAGUGGAGAAAUCAAGACUCGGGGUUGGUCCACUGAUUACUGUGUCACCCGCUGAAGAUGAAAGGCCAGAGUUUGAGACAGAAUCUGUAAUAAAAGGAGAACAAACCCCACCAAAUGCAGAACUGUGAUGGUGAUAGGAAAACCGAUUGCUUCUCUUAAAAACAGGGGUGAAGCUGAGUUGGGAAUGAUUGUGCAAAUUCUAGGAAACCUUCCUAAU